GUAAAAAAGAUGUGGUUCGAACCAAAAAUCGUGUUUGAAGUGGUGUUGCUGAUUUUGUUUCUAAAUCAAUCGAGUGCUAUUAAAUAUCGAUUUAAUUUUGAAAAUGAGGGAGUCUUCUCCGAUUGUGCCAACGAGCCAAGAUCCGUAAAAAAUAUGGAAGGUCUUGCCGAUUUAUCUGAGAUGACCUUUAAGUAUAAUAUGGAAUUUGUAGCAUUAUCCGGCAAUAUAACCUACAUCUGGGAUAUUCAGCCAGGCGAUCGCGUUCAAUGUGAUAUUCAAGUGUUUCGAUUUGAUCGUGGUUCCUGGCUACCAACAAUCCUGAGUCUGUCUAUUGCCGAUAUGUGCAGCAAAUUGUAUGAUGAGUCGCAAUACUGGUACAAAUCCUGGACAAAGAACAUUAUUAAUAUCGAUGAAAUCAAGGAUAAAUGUGUUUAUCCUGGGACCAAAGCGAUUCACAAGUCGUUUGAUCUGGAUAUUGUCAUUGAGAUAAGCGGCUUACCUUGGCGUGGGCUACACAAGAUGAUAUUUAGAUUUAAGGCAUUUGACUCAAAGAAUGUCAUACGACCAACAAGCAUCUGCUUUGCAAUUGUAGGAGAAAUUGAACGGAUGUAAAUUUUUAGACAAUAAAUACAAGUUUUGAAACUAAAUAAAACAUGAACGAUGCGUAUACAAUUUGAGUCGGAGUCGGAGUCGGAUAUUAUGUCAGUAAACAAAUGAAAAUGUAAUUACACGCAUUAACAUUAUAUAUGUAUUAAGGUCAAUUAACCACAAUAGUUUAUUUACUUCUCAACUUUCAAUC